UUUACACGCAUAUCUUGGCAGCCAUUUUGAUGGAAGCCAUUUGCAAACUAGAAAUAAUUUAAAUUUUUUGUAUAUUUGGAUACAAUUACCAAUUAUGUGAAGGUUCGUCAGUGUCCUAUACACUGCUCCAUUUGGAGAUGUAUGAGGGGAAAAAUAUCCACUAUUCCUCGUCGGACAAGAAGCCCUUGUGUUCAUUCAGUUCUAAGGUCUGUAAUCAGCACCGGCUCAAUGGCUACGCUUUCUGUGUGCGGCACAUCCUGGAGGACCCGACGGCACCCUUCAAGAGAUGUGCUUACAUGGCCAAGUCCAGCAAACAGAACUGCACACAGGCUAUUCCCGAACAUGAAGAUAGACCGUACUGUAACAAUCACAUGCAGGUACUGGGCAUGCUUCCACGCAAGGAACGAAAGAAAAAAGAGAAAGAAAAAGAAACAGAAAAAACAGUUGUUAACGAGAUAACAUUAACUCCAGUACCUCUUGAAAACAAGACAGUGUUUAAUAAAAAUCGUGUCAAACCAAGGUUUGAAAAUCGAAGACUUCAUAUGUCAAAACUACACAUAAACAAAGACAAUUCUGGUAUAGAUGACCCAGAGGAUCCAUACGCCUUCCCUGAUACUGGUAAUGAAUCUGCAAUGAAGGUCAACAGCAGUCCCUUGUCGACCUCCGCCAAUCUGGAGACUCUCUCAGUGACAACACCCAACUCUAGUGGGGGCAAAUCUCCAGGAGGGGGUGUUGACCAGGGUGGUGUGUCCUCAAUAGCAAAGCUUUACCCAGAACUGGCUGAGAAACUAGAGAAAAUAAAACCAAAGUUUGACAUUGUAAAGGGUAAGGAGAAAGGCAAAGAGCGCAGUUCAAGAACUAUGAAUAUUCUCCAGUCAAAGAUAGCACAAAAUCGAAUCAAAGACAAAAUGAAGAAAAAUCAAGAAUCCUCAUCACAGUCUCAGUCCCCCUCCCAUGGCUACAACAACUGUGUUCCUAACAGUAUCAACUUAUCACACAACAUUGGCACGCCUAAUCACUCGGACCACGGCGAUAUGGGCGACAAAACACCCAACAGUGAUCACGAUGGUUUGAGCCCUCUUAGCUCAAAUGGCAAUAUUUUACCUGGACAUACACACAGUCGUAUGGGCCCAUCACAUCCACUUCCCUCACCAACACAUGACAUGAAACGCUCAUCACAAACCCCCUACAUGAUGAUGCCACAACAGAUGCUCCCUGGACCGGGCAUUCCUCCUCCACCUCGAACUCUCCCGCCGGAGGGGAUUCCCCACGGGAUGCUGGCAGAGAAUCUCCCGGGGAUGCCUCGUGCAGACCACCUUCCUCCUCAUUACUCUAGGGUACACCACACUCCUCCAAUACAACAUGCUGAGAAAGUGGCGCCAGUUUUGCACAACCUACAUCAAGAACCCACAGCUCACUUCCCUAUUCCUACAAGCACGCUACCUCUGCAUAGUCUUUCCCAUCCUCAGCAUCAUCAUCAGUUAAACAACAUGGUUACCCCGACUCCCGUAUCCAUGCCAUCUCCACACCUAUAUCCUCAUCAACAUCCUCCCCACCCUUCCCAUCCUCACCUCCCUUCCCAUCCUCACCUCCCUCCACAAAGGGAUGUACAACCUCCCCCAAUCAACGCACAACCUUUACCCCCUCCUCCUCCUCCCUACAGAAAAUAUCCUCCAAGUGUUUCCAUGACAAUGGCCCCGGCAGUGACAAUACCGACGACCGAACCGACAAGUUUGUACUUGUCGCCGUCAGUCAAGGUGAAUUCUUCCUCUAUACACCCAAGGGCAGGACUGCAAAGAGAAAUGGUGAUGGGGCUUCCCCCACCCCCUCCGUACUCGUCUACACAGUGUGCUACUCCUCAACCCCCAACAGUUACGAAGAGAUCAAAGUCCAAGCCCAAGACAUGGUCUAUAAGUGCUCCUGUGAUAUCAAAGUUAUUUUCGUCAGAGGCUUUGAUGAAACCUCACUCGCUCAAACAUGUACUACCUGAAAAUGAUGUGUCCACGAGGCUCCAGAAGAAUAAGGCAGCUAUCCAAUACUAUUUGAACUAUGUCAGAUGGAAAACGCAGAACCACAGUUAUCUUGGUUCAGGUUUAAGAAGUUCAGACGAGGAGGCUAGCGAUGAUGAAAAUGCAGAUUUGUUACCAUGGCAACCAGAGUGGUUUACAGUAUCCUCUGACGAAGAGGCGAAUGAGGAUGAGGAUGACCAAGAUGACGCUCUGAGAACAGCAAAGCUAGCUUUAAUCCGGGCGAGGCUGAGACGCAGGUGUUUCCAAGCUCGCAAAUCUUACCGUGCCAAUACCUCUGAGCGACUGCGACAGAAGACUGAUACACUGGGUCUGAUAGAAGCUGCUCGUGAGGGGUCCAAAUCUGCUGUUCAAGCUUUAAAUGAAAUCAAUUGUUGUGAAACUCCACCCGUCGAUGUAUACAAAAUGAGAGGGUUACUGGAAAGACAAUGCUGCCACAAGAACGAUGAGGAGGUCCAGUGUGACAGUGAUGUCCUACCCUACGCCAACCACUGUUUAAAACACGUAAUGUACAAUGUUGAUCAACAGCUGUUCGACUACUGCACAGCUAAGUUUGCUGACAACACCCAGUGUUGUGUUCCCGUCAACGACUUCAAACACGAGCUCCCUCUUUGUAUGGAGCACGGUAUCAAAGCCGAUACAUACUUGGAUGGAGAUGCUGAAUUUAAACCAAAGCGGCCGAGGAAAAAGACGAAGCCAUCUGCACUGACGCGACCACCAAAGAAAGGCAAAAAGAAGAAGAAUCAGAGGAAAAAUAUCCGUCCGCAAAAACCGUCUCCACCUUCUGAACCAACUGGUCUGACAGAAAUGCCUACCAUUGAAUCCAGUCUGUUGGAGCUUGAGGAUAAGGCAAAUGGUUCUGAUGCUGACAUGUCGGGUAUAUCAAACCCAGAUUUAAGUCAGACUGGCUCCGAGACCGAGAUGUUUAAUGACGAGUCAGAUGCACAGCCAGACAAAGCGGCAGAGGAUAGUACAGAUGUCAGUAAAACUGUGGAAUCUGUGGAAUCACCACUGCCAAAGGAAACAUCGGACAGACCAAGUCUGACCGAGCUACCAGAGGCUGCUCUCAAUGCAUUAGACAUGGAAAAAGGACUAGAAUUACCCCUUGAGCAAGCAUCACGCUUAUUAGAAGAAACAGACUUCCAAGAUGUGUUCAACAAGAUUCCUGAUGAAACGUUUGAUCUCUUCUCAGGUAAGAAUGGGGAUGCAAUGAUGCCUACACUUGAGGAUGUGGCCGAGCUGGAACGUCACAUCGCUGAGGCCAACAUUGACAUCAGCGUGGCUCAGCAGGCUAUAGAGAAGUUCACCAAUAGUGGUAUGGAGCUAGACGACGAACAACUCAAACAGAUUGCAGCCUCAUUACUAGGGACUCCUGUGAACAACAUGGCUACGGUUACCAAUACUGUCCCUACUCCUACCCCUCCUACCCCUGCUGUAUCCACAGCAACUGGGGCAUUGUGCAAUGGUAUAUCACUUGAGGGUGGUUUAAAUGACCAUGACAUGAACCGGACGUUACCCGAUAAUGUUGUGAUGGUGAACCGGAACGCUGGGUCUGUACAGGGUGGGGUUAGAGUGACGGUCAGUAGUGGUGCUGGUAUGUACCAGGCCGCAGGGUUUAACCCCAAAGUGGACCGACGUAACUUGGUCAACAGUAGGGAGGGGUUAGUGGCGCUGAAUGCUGCUGUGGUGAAUGCACAGAAUGCCAGUCAACAACAACAACAACAACAACGGUUCCCACAUCCUUCUAUGGAGUUACAGGGGGCACCGAUGGUGACAAACCUGCCCCAGUCAUUUAUCAGUCACCAGAACACACUGCCAAAUUUUACCGCGCGACAGGGACUGCCAGGGCAGUCAGCUCCACACCAGCAACAACAGGUGUUUCUACAGCAACAGUCACAGUCUCACGACUCCAUGCCAGGGAGCAUGCCCAAUAUACCUCUACAGCAAAUAGUGUCUGUGUCCAAUGUGUCGAGUAUCCGUGCACCUAAUCUGAACUCCGUGGGUAACCAUAUUGGCAUCGACAACCUACAAAGUGUGCUGGUCACGUCAGACAAAGCACAUCAAAUAAGCUCCUCCCCCCAACAGACUUCCCACCCUGGCGCUCACAUCACCACCACCUGGCCGACUAACCUCGCCAAUGUGAUCAGCUUUCAGAACGGAUUCCCACUACAUAAUACUGGCUCUUUUCAGCAUGUGAAUGACAUUGCUGCCAAUCUCAAGUUUGGUGUGGGCUCCCAGUUGAAGCAGGAUAUGACACAACAAUACCAUCAAGUGAUGGGGUCACCACAUUCCGCACAGACCGGUGUCCGGCCCGCGGCACCACCGUCUCAGUCAGUGUACGAGGGUCAGCAGGUUCGACCCGGAUUUAGUAGACUGCCCUCUCCUUUCAGUGCAUCAACAGGCAAGGGCUCCUAGCAGAUAAUGACUCAACGAUUCUGCUCAAAUACAUGUUGUGUUAUAGAGGAGAGUUUGCUGGUCAAGUGUGAGAGAGUGUCGAGAAAUAUAUAUAUAUAUAUUGAAAAUUAAGGGUAGAACUUUGAUAUAGUUUAGUCUUUGAGACAUCAUGCAAAUUAAUUGAGCUAAAUUCAGAGAAAGAUAUCAAAUAUAUAUACGACUAUAGAUUAUCUGAAUUUCUCUCAAACUUUAGACUGUGUUUUGUUUUGUUUGUUGUUUAACAGCAUUCGUUUUUCUGUUAGUAGCAGAUUGUGUGAGGAUUUCCAUAAAUCUAUUAUUACUGUUUUAAUGAUUUUGUUAAGUCACUCCGAGUUGGAUCUAAUUAAAAUAGUUGACAAGUUCGCAAGGGGGAGAAGAAGCUCAAUUAACCAAAUUGUACGCACAAAUUGAGGAAAGGAAUUUAUACAAUUUAUUGUUUCUACAUGUAAUUAACAUAAUCAUUCAAAAAACAUGGUAUAAAAUUGAAAUUUGCCGAUGAAGAAACAAUUUACUGUUUCUGCUUGUAAUUAAUAUAAUAUAACCAUUAAAAAAACAUGGUAUAAAUUUGAAAUUUGCCGAUGAAGAAAUUUUUUAAUGUUUCUGCUUGUAAUUAAUAUAACCAUUCAAAAAACAUGGUAUAAAUUUGAAAUUUGCAGAUGACGAAAAAAAAUUGGUUACAUGUAAUACAAUACAGUUCUUGGCUCCUGAAAAUGAAACAAUGUUAGAAAGCAUUGCUGUGGUACCACAAACACAUUAGCACGUUACACUGACAUUAAUACAGCCAGUUGUAACGAGAACAGUUUGUACACCCAGCAAGAUAUGUUAUAUUUAUUUGAAAGCACUCCUUUAAAAGGUGAUGAGGCAAAAUGCAAUGAUGUCCUGUUAUUCCAAACUUUUGUCAGGAACGAUUAUGUAAAUGUGUUUAUAAGAUGCUAAACCAAAAAUUGACUCUUGUGAUCUACGCAUUAUUAAAUUUAAAUAUGUGUCCAAAAGAAGUUUGGGAAACAUUUUUCAUUAAAAACAACAUUAUAGAAUUAUCUUUUGACCGGAAUUUUAUGUAACAAAAAUCUCUGGUAAAAAUAUUGCAUAAUCCUGACACUAAAAUGGAUAUUAAAGCAAUUGUGAUCUUUCUCUUUAAAAGAAGGAAACUGUUUCUGAAGUGAUGAAAGUCGUUGUAGUAUGUAAACAUUGUGUUGCUAUAUCGACAGACUAUGAUAAAGACUAUCUGCUGUAGUUGAUUCCUUAAGUUGAUAUUGUUUGAAUUUAAAAACUUAUUUUCUAAUUUGUCGUUUGAAUAUCAGUUACAUGUUAUAGAUGUUUGCAUGUUUGUUACUCUGUGUGUCAAAUUUUUAUUAUAGUAAUAUAGUUAUAGUGAAGUUGUGAUUUCUAUAUAUAGUUCUCUGAAUUUAGCUGACCGUUGCUGGUGUUGUUCUGGGGUUUUUGUAGUACAGAAGCAGAGAUCUGAUUUUUUUAUCAAAAUUUGUUAAAUACAAUGUUUACAUUUUAACAUGUAAGUACCAGGUGCUGAAGGGACUUUAUAUUGAAUCUUAGCAUGUCAUCAACAAUCAAAAGUCGCACACAUUUGACUACGUCAUUAUGCCAUGUUGGAUUUUGUGUUAAAUGUUAUUGUAACCUUUUAUAAAACGAUUUAUCCUCCAACCCAGUGGUAGGUGAAGGUUGUCAGCAGUUACACUGAAUGAGGUUUCUCUCCAGUUUAUAUACAUAUUACAUACCUGUUUGAUUACCCACUCAUAUCUAUAGGCAGCAGUCACAUAGCUACAAAGUCAUCAACACGGCCUCCUCACAGGUGUCAAUAUUUAAAGACCAACCAUAAGGUCACUCACAUCAGUCAUGCAUUUAAAUCAUUAAACAUUUUUCCAGAAAAACACCAUAUGGUUGUUAAAAUAUGUAGAAUAUUAAAUGAAAUUUUAUCAGAGAUGGAUUAGUAUAAUGUUUCAGUGUGUACUAUAAUGGAUCUCGACCAGAUUAUAUAACGUGGGAGUCAUGGGCAUUUCAUUCCUGUUAAUAUGCCCCCCACUACUGCUACGGGAGAAAUCUUGUACAUCUAACCUUUUAAUUUUUCUAUAACUAUUAAAUACAGGAAAUUAAAAUUACCUAUAAAGGGCUGCGUAUCACUUUUUCUCAGAAAAGGAUGUAAAAUGAUCUUUGGUACCCAGGGGAUAUAAUUAUUGAUUUCCUGUCUAGGAUACAUUAAUGCAUAUAAUGGGAUUUAUAGAUUUUUAAAAAUGGGGGGAGGGACUAGUUGGUGAUUGCGAACCAUCAUGUGCACCGGUACCUGUGCAGCACAUUUUCAAUUUUGGGAAACUGAAUCAAGGCCCAGAGCUAAUCCUGAAGGAUCAUUGUUCUUAAAAUCCUAGUUACCCUGAAUAUUUAAAACAAUAACUUACAAACAAACCACUGGAAGCCUUUCAUCAUCUUGCGAUGAACAAUUGAGAUUCAUAGAUUUACAUACUGGUAAUUUUACCAAUAUCCAGACUUUGUUUGGCCCUGAUAUACGUAGGAAAUAUCUAGACUUUGUUUGGCCAUGAUAUACGUAGGAAAUAUCUAGACUUUGUUUGGCCAUGAUAUACGUAGGAAAUAUCUAGACUGUUACUGUUGGUAUUAUUUGGUUUUAAGGCAUCGGCAGAUUUUUAUACUUAAAAGACUUCAUGUUAAAUAGGAAAACCAGGGAUAAAAACAAUGUAUGUAUUGUGUUGUGAGAGACAUUCAGUGUAAAUACUGUCAACCCGUCGCCACACUGGGUGUUAAUACAAUAUAUGGAUCUGAUUUCACGCAGUGUUGUUUUCAUGGGAAAACGGAAAUUCUCUAAGAGUUGAAUUGGCCGAUUAGGUAUUGGUUGAUCUGUAGUGCUAACGGACUACCAGUCAUGUCAUGUUUAAUUGCACAUUACACUGAAAUACGUUUACCUGGUAAGAUACGUUUGUCCAUAGUAUUUUUUUUUAAUUCUAAGUUAUUUGGCAAAUGAUUAAUUGAUUUUGACUGUUCAAUACCUGGACCAACAACUUCUGUACAGACUAUACAUAUAAUAGAUUUGGUACAAGCAAAAUGUUGCAGGCACCCACCCUGUUCCCAGCACAUUUUCCAAAGUGGGGAGGGGGCUUAUUUGUGAGAGGGGGCUUGUUUGCAGUCAAAUACGGUAAUAUGAUAGAGGUGAAAACAACACUGCCCUGAAAACAAGCCAUAUACAGUAUAUAUCUGAUUUGUGCCAUGUAAACUGCUGUUUUAUAACCUUUCCACCCCUACAAGCCAGUAUUGUAGGGGUCCACUUCUGUGGCCAGUAAGGGCCAAUGUGGACGUGGAGGGAGCCAAGGACACACAUAGUUAAAAGGAUGUUACCGUGUCUCAUACGUGUGGUAGUUAUUGUCCACUGUGUAAAGGUAUAUAGCCGCCUAACUUGUUAAAUCUUCUACCAAAUACUCUUUAUCAUCCAUAUAUUUCAUGCGUCAUCCCUUUUUAUACUGUUCACACAAUAAGUAGUUUCUUUGUUUGAAUCAUAUUUAGAAUGUUAUAAAACAUUCAAUUUGAUACUUUAUAUUUAGAACUGUUGUAAUAAAAAUGUGGGGAUAUUUUCCUAGAACAAGCACUGUGUCUGACCCAGAACCCGACUUUCAUGGUUGUGUUGUCUUUGAUGGAUGGAGGGGAGAGGAUGUUCUUAUGUCAAAACUGUAGGACUGUAAAUUACAUGCAGACCAUCUUGUCUAAAAAGAUUGGCAACAAUAUAUCAGAAAGCUUAAUAUUAAGUUAAUAUGUAAGUUCUACGUUGCUAAACAUAUGUUAUUAUAUACAGUAAAUAUCAUGUAUUAUUUUCUAUAUAAUAGGUGUUGGCAGGUGAUAAACUUCAUAAACAGUAGCCCGAGUUUCCUCUAGCCCUGAAACCAGAUGAAACUAGAUGUCUCCCACACCAGACAUCUAUCUGUCAAAGUGUCUAAAUCUGGUGUCGGGGCCAGAGGAAACUCGGCCUAUAUAAACAGGUGUUUUGUCUUUGUAGAGAGGUGAUCUUCAUAAACGGGUGGUCGACAUAGACAAGUGAUCUUUAUGGAGAGGUGAUCUUUAUAGAGAGAUUCCCUGUAUACAGUACAGUUGUAUUGAUUUUCAGAAUACUAGAAUUUGUUAUUUACAUUCUGAUUUUAAAUCGGUAGAGAUUUAACUCUUGAUGCAAGCAGCUGGUAUUUUGAUAAAGGGAGGUAAUUUGGUAGUGUACAUUGAUAGGUCUUAUUGUAAUGCUAGAACUUUUCCCUGAGUGGAUUAUGUAUUGUGUAAUUCAUGAGCACUCCCAAAUAUUUUACUACUAACUGUUAUAGACUUUAACUCAUUCACCCCUGAAAUUUCAAAAUGAACUAUUGGAAGAGUUCAAAUGUGUCUUCAGGGGUAAAUGAGUUAAUGGCCAUACAAUUGGUAUAUUGAUUUGCCUGUACCCUCGACAGGGUGUCAGACCCUUUUGGUUUUAGAGUCGGGCCCCUUUGGUUAUAACAUCAGGUUCUUGUGGUUUAAGGGUCGGAUGCAGUGCUUUUCCAGUCAUUAGCUGACUUCCCUUGUGCAAUAUUCAUAGUCAGUUGUGAAACUUUCAAUCCAAGAGUUUGUUAUCCUCGAUGUUUGUUAUUUCUUUUUAUUAAGUAUGGGUCAAUUGUUGGUCCUCUAUAUACAAUUUCACAUUUUCAUUUUACUAUCAGAUUGUUAUAGCUUUUGUCGAAAUGUCUUAAUCAAGUUUUUCUAAUAAAAAUCAUGUGUAAUUCUUGGACAAAUUAAAAGUAAAAUUUAUUUCUUAUCAUGCACACAAGUUUGAAGGGUGAGGUGACUACGUCCCAACUCUUUCUAGAUAUUGAGAGGUUGGAUGUUCGUUUGUUAUUGUUAACAUGCAUGGGUACCCGAUUUGUUAUCAAAUUGUAGCUACAUUGUAUAUGAAAGUUUUAUUUUCUUAUGUUUGUCACAUCCUAUUUCGUGGUAGAGUUGAAAAAUACUCUAAAUAUUUUUUCAGUCAACUUCAGGCCUGUAACAGUUAUAUUUUAUAGACAGACCUGUGGUACAUUGCAAUAUUUCAAAACUAGUACAGAUCAGAUUGUAGGAGAUGUCCUUGCUUUAAUAUGCAACAGUAUCAAAAAAUGAAAAGUUUCUGGCAAAACAUUGGUAUGGUAAGUAUUUAUGUUCAGACUUCUGUGGUUCAAAGUGUCGACUAUUGUUGAUAUGGGUUUGUAAUUUCUAGUUUCUUAUCAUGAACAGCUUUAUCAAAAAUCAAGAAAAGUCAUUAUCAAAACCUCUCAUAAAAGUUUACGCAACCUAGUUUUAUCGAUUGUGACUUUUGUAUUGAAGGAAGUUUGGGUUAGUGUUUCUUCAGUCUUGCCUAGGGAGAAGAAAAUUGUGAAAUUAUUUUCAAUGUACAUGUAAUCCCAAUGAACAGGUCAAGCAAUACAGGCAAUAAGGAGAUAAUCUGAAUUAUCAGAUACAAUACGGUAAUAUGUGCCAAUCUGUGGUAUGGCUUUUUAUUUUGAUAAGAAAAUAGGUAUAGAUUUACCUUAAUUCGUGACAAAUGCAUCGUAUCUGAACUAGUUGGAAAAUACAGUCAACUCCAGUGUCAAGGUUGUGCCGAGAAUCUAAUUGAAUAAACUAUUUUGAAUCAAUCAAAAGUAAAAAUAGAUAAAUCUAGCUGAAUUUAUUUCUUUAUUACACUCAAUUCAGCGAUUACGUGUCUUCUUUUUGAUAAACUUCUCUCUUCACGUGUGAUUUAUUCUCAUUGUAUAAUUAGGAAAAACAGAUGACAGAAUAGAAAAACAAACACAUGAGAAGCAGUGGUUAAAGUAGGCAGCAUAUUUUGAACGAGUUUAUGGUUGUAACAGAUAUUUGUUGAUGAGUGUACUUAAAUACUGAAUGUAUAUAUUUUAUUCUUAAAUGUAAAUGGUUAAAACUUCAGUGUUAUUAAAUACUUCAUUCUAGUCGUGAAAUUUUAAAAUGAAAAUAUUAGAAAAUUUGAACAAGAUUUGUUUUUGUUUUACUAUUAUCAAGUUAGAGAAUUUUUAUCAUAACCUUUUUCUCCUGCCACGGUUUUGACUAUUUGUGUUAUGUAUUGUUGUGUCCAGUGUAUUUUAUGAAAGAAAAAGUUUCAAGCUAUCACAAUCUUGUCAUUUGUGAAUCAUUGAAACGGCAACAGCACCAUUGUGAAAGAAAGUGCUGCUGUUUGUACAGAUAAGUAAUUUACACUGUAUGUAAUGCAGGCCUGCCAUCUAACAGUACAUGUGAUUUAAGAGCAACUUUUCAUGUUUGGUACCCCAAGUUUAUUAGAACGAGAAAACUCUACUUAUCAAGAAAUUUAUUAUCUCUAAUAACUAUAAGGAAUUUUGAGAAAUAAUAAUUUCCUCUUUUGCUCUAAGCCCCUCUACUAAAAGAAAAUACUAACAAGUGAGAUUUUGUACAUAUAGAUUAAGAUAAACCUGAAACAUGACACAGAUGCUUUUAUCCUUCUAAUUACAGAAACGUUACAGUCUAACAAAAUUUGCAGAUAAACAGAUUUUGUCUGAAAUGCAUAUAGUCUAAAAUCUAGUAAAAAAAAUACAAACAGAAAAUAAUGCACAUUUGAAAACUGGUUAUAGAAGAUGAUCACUUUUCUUUCCUAGGAUUCUCGGCCAAUACAUCUGGAUACACAAUAGUCUAUAGACACAUGAAGCUUAUUUAUAAACAUAGAAAUUUUCAUUCAAACUUGUGUAUGUUUAUUAAAAGAACAAACUUUAAUUUAUGACUGUUUCUCGGUGGGUUUUUGUCUAAGUGUUACAUUUAUUAUGAUAGAAAAACAAUGAUCUCAAGAAUGUGUGUUUAAGUAUAGUGUGUACAGUAUUUCUUCAUAUAUUAAAAAAGACUUUUUUUAAUUUGUUUACUAUACAUAUCAUUACCUCAUUAUGAAAUAUAACUAAGGUAAAUAAUCAAUAUUAAUUAUUGUAAUAAUAAUUAUGCUGAAUUUUAUUCAAGAAAUGUUUUGCUUGUUAUUUGAAAAUACAGCCGUUCAUCUCAUCCCCCCAUUAAGUGUUAGCUAUAUAAUGUUGUGGAUGUAUUUAUCUCGCUGUUUAAAAACCUGGUCUAGUUGUCUCAGAUUAUUAGAUUUUCUUCUUGUGAAUUUUCUUGUUUUGAAAAUGUAAGUAAAAAAUCCAGCCUUUCUGAUCCCUCAAUUCUUGGGAGCACUAAUUAAAGCUGUUGUGGGGAUAGAAUUACAACGCUGUUUUUAUCAUGAUAUGCCAAAAAAUUGCUUUACAUUAAACUUAUACAAUUAACCUAUACCAUAUAAUCAAUAAUAAGUGUUCCUGAAACUAACUGACAACAGCAAUGACGGUGUCUUGAUUCAAAUAUUUUCUUCCUCAAAACUUUUGAUGAUUUCUGAUGCAAUAAAAAAGUUGUGCAAUUUUUUUAUUUUUUUUUCCAAGUGUAAAUAAAUUAUUUCUUUUUCCUAAUGACGUUCUUGUAAUAA